AUGGUUCUCGGUCUCAUAUCCCUCGUCGCAACAAUUCCUAUGACGGCGUCGUCUGUCUUGACGCUACAAGAGCAAGCUGAAAGAAAAGAUAGCGACGGCCCCAGCUCAGAAUGGAAGCAUGACAAAUGCCACAUACGAUGUCGAGCGACCGAAAGAACGCCGGAAGACCGCAAAGAAAUGUUCAAGAACAGCCAUGUAGUACUUUCCGGGGGCCGAUUAUAUGUUCAGUUGUCAACAUAUCAAGGACCGCAUCUUCAUCCCUUCUCUGGCUACUACCUCCCGUUCCCAAAUUCAAACUUCGAUGGCAUUGUCUCCACCAUUUCGGAUAAUCCUCCGCAGUUGAAUUGGAUAUAUCUAGACACUGACUCCGAAGUCUUCCACUUCAGCCAUGGACUGCGCGUAGAGGCUGAAGAAGGGCUGGUUGGGCCAUGGGGUGCUCGCAUUUGCUCCAAUGGGGAGAAGCGAUAUCUUUUCGAAAACUGGGAAGGUUUCAUCGCGGUGGAAAAUGAAGAUGAUCCGGGCUUGUGGAAGUUAUGUUUUGACAAAUACGACAAUGGUCUAGAAGGAAAAAUACGUCAAGGCCAAAGAACGGUAGAGUUGGAACUUGUACGCGAAGAAAUAGAAGAUUAA